GUGGUUUACGCCGGUGCGAGAAACAUGACUGCAAUGUCGAAAACAUGGAUUUCGGUAGCGCUAAUUUCCCAGUUCGUCCUCAUUUUAAUGGCCUAUCAUCUCUUUUAUAGUGAACCAAGUAAGACUUUGGAGACGUCGUCGGUUCCCAAGGAUUUUUUAGUAAAUUUGAGAGAUCUCCAACAGUCGAAUCAACAUCAGUCAAUUUCAACUGAUGAAACAAUGGAGGACGCAGCGAAGUGUAUCAAAGAUAUCAACUGGAAAGAAAUACCCCGAAAACCAGCGCCUCCAGCAAAGGAGAAGCACGACAAAUGGAUUGUUAUCACCACUAUAAAUUCACCAACAGCAGAUGUGAAGAAGUUGGCCGGUAUUGAGGGUUGGAAGGUUAUCGUUGUCGGCGAUACAAAGAGCCCGGCGAACUGGAGCCAUCCCAACUGUGUUUUUUUGAGUGUUGAGAAGCAGAAAUCCUUGGGAUACCGCAUCCAUGACUUUCUUCCUUAUAAAAGUUACGCUCGAAAGAACCUUGGUUACCUUUAUGCUAUUCAACAUGGCGCCAAAAUCAUCUAUGACACAGAUGACGAUAAUUCCCCAACAAGUGGGGAAAUAACUUUCUUCCAGCAAGAAACUGGUGACUUUUUUGUAUACAGAACAGAUUCUAUUGUGGUUAAUCCGUACGAACAUUUUGGACAGAGUACUAUUUGGCCAAGAGGGUACCCGCUAGAUCGCAUUGCUGAUCCCCCGUCACACAAGUUCAUCAAAUGCCAAGGGGUGGAUACAGCAAUACAGCAGGGAGUAGUGAAUGGUGACCCGGAUGUAGAUGCCAUCUUUCGGUUAACAAGAAAAGACAAAGACGUGGAUUUGAAAGUUGAGUUUGACGCUGACGCACCAUCUGUUGUCCUUCCUCCAAAAACAAUGGCUCCAUUUAACUCCCAAAACACGUUGUUUUUGAACAAGGGAUUAUGGGGCACGUUAUUGCCAAUCACAGUAGCAUUCCGAGUCUGCGAUAUCUGGCGAGGUUACUGGGCUCAGCGAUUAUUAUGGGAUGUUGGAUCACAACUUUCUUUUUUUCCACCAAAUGCUGUUCAAGUGAGAAAUGCACACAACUACCUUGAUGAUUUUAUUGAUGAGAAAAUGCUUUACCAUGAUGCUGGGAGAUUGGUGGAGUUUUUAAUCAACUGGAAAUCUGACAAACCAGAUUUCUUUAGCAGAGUCCUGGAUUUAAGUAUAGCUAUGGUUCACAAUGGCUUCUGGGAGAUGAAGGAUGCCAUGUUAACAGAAGCAUGGCUAACUGAUUUAGUAAGUGUUGGAUAUGAAAUGCCAGCUGUGAAAACUGAACCACAAGCAUGCCUGAGAAAUACUGUAGGUGGAGAAACUAACCUACACUUUAAGGAAAAGCCGUCUUCAUAUUUAAGAGCAGGUAAAGAGUUGAAAAUUGUAGUGCCGGUAAAAAGUGCCGGGCAAAAGUGAAGUGGACAUUUAUCAUAGGGAGGGAUGAGCCAGGUGUGUUAAUUUAAUUUGUGACUCACAAAAAAAUUACCACAAUAAUUUGAUGCAUAUUGCUAGGAAAAGAUGACUGAAACACCAACAAAAACAGCAGUCAUUGAAUAAACACCAAGCAAAAGCUUCAA